GCUCCAUCUUACGACCCAAAACCUCCGCCCUCCUAGUCCCUCCUGCGCCGCCGCCCACCGCGCAACUUCACCAUGGCCGGCGACGCCCUCCGGGUAGCCGACCUCCCGGGCCGCGGCCGCGGGCUCGUCGCUGCCCGCGACAUCCUCGAGGGCGAGGUGCUCCUCUCGGAGCCGCCCAUCCUCCUCUACCCGUCCUCCCUCGCCUCCCUCCCAUCCUACUGCUCCGCCUGCUUCCGCUGCCUCCCCCAAGCACCCCACGCCGCCCCCUGCCCCUCCUGCCGCGCCGCCGCCUUCUGCUCCCCGGCCUGCGCCGCCGCCUCCCACCCGCGCCUCCUCUGCGCCGCGCUCUCCAGGCUCGCCGCCGCCCCCGAGUCGCACCAGGAGCAACUCCUCUUCCUCCUGUCCGCCUACUCGCUCCAAGAGCCCGCCUUCCACGCGCUCCUCUCCCUCUCCUCCGCGCCGCAGGGCACCCAGCAGCAGGACGCCGCGAGCCUCCACGCCAUGGUGUCCUCGCUGGCGCCGCCGCACAUGCUGCCCGCGGGGUUCUCGCCGGACCUCACGGCGGCGCUCCUCUCCAAGGACCGGACCAACAGCUUCUCCAUCAUGGAGCCGUACCGCCCCGACGUGGCACAGGGGCUCCGGAAGGCACGGGCCUACGCGGUGUACCACCGAGCCUCGCUGCUGAACCACGACUGCCUGCCCAAUGCUUGCCAUUUCGAUUACCCCGAUAGGCCGGGCCCAGGGAACACGGACAUAGUGUUGCGCGCGCUCCAUGGUAUAACGGCCGGGAUGGAGGUUCGCAUCAGCUACUUCGCGGCAAACUGGAGGUAUGCUGACCGGCAGCGCAGGCUGCUGGAGGAUUACGGGUUCCGAUGUGAGUGUGAACGGUGUCAGAUUGAGAGCAAGUGGAAGUUUGAUGAUGAUGAGAAUGAUGGCGGUGAUGGUGAUGAUGAUACCAUGGAAGAAGAGCAUGACAAGGAGGAUGUUGGAAAUGGUGGUGAUGAGGGGAUGGAGCAGGAGGAAGGGAGCGACGGCGACAAUGACAAUGAUGAUUUCCCACAUGCCUUCUUCUUUGUGAGGUUUAUGUGUGAUCGUGAGGAUUGCCAUGGUAUGCUUGCACCGCUGCCACCCUUACCAAGUGGCGAGCUGUCCCAUGUAUUUGAGUGCAAUGUCUGUGAACAAUUGAAGAAGGAAGAAGACGAUGACGAGACUGGUGGUGAUGAUUCCAGCAUGGUCAAUUAGGAUGACUUAACCAUAACUGGCCUGUUUCCUGCUGUUUUUUGUGGAGAACUUGGUGAAUGGUGAUGGAAGUACUGUUCGGCAUUUCCCUACUUCUGUGUUUGACAAAAAGAUCUGGUUAACUGUGCGGCAUUUCCAUGCUUUUUGGCAGAGCACCUGAAGUCGGGAGGAUGUAUGUACCAAUUCGUUCACUCAAUAUGUUUUGUAGGUAGUCAUGCGUCUGUACAAUUUUUUGCUGCACCUGUGACUUCCUCGGCGAAACCUUUGGCAUUUGUGUAGUUAGAGACCGAUGAAAAUCAACUUACCAUAUCAUCAAUUGUGCCCCUCGAUUCAUUAUUUCAUUCUGCCUUUUGACAUGCAGGUUCAGCUGUUGAGUUGAAUUAUAAA